AUGAGGGGUAACAGUGUCCUCCUCACGUGUCCAUGGUUUCUCCUACGCAUUGAGGCUAUCAACAUCUGUUCCUCUCCCAUAUUCUAUGUUGAGAUCUGGCUGUUCCUCAUGAAUGGAGAAUCAGGGUGCUUUAACACUCUGCGCCAAAAGCUCAAAGGCACUGCCUCUCUAUUCUCCUCAGAGAAAACGCCCCCGGUAAAGAGACCCUGUUAUAUUGAGGACUCAAGCAUACCUAUGGAGCGAAGUGUGUGUAUCUCACAGUCGGUGAAAAUCCCCCGUGAGCCGAAACCAGGGGAGUUUGAUAAGAUAAUUCAUAGACUGGGAGAAAAUCCGAAUGCGAGGGUUGUUAUUAUAUUUGCAAAUGAGGACGAUAUAAGGCGGCUACUGCAGGCGGCAAAAAAAGCCAAUCAGACGGGUCACUUCCUGUGGGUGGGGUCAGAUAGCUGGGGCUCGAAGAUAUCGCCAGUGCUUCACCAGGAGGAAAUGGCCGAGGGAGCUGUCACCAUCCUACCCAAGCGACAGAACAUCAGAGGCUUUGAUCGCUACUUCACCAGCCGCACACUCGAGAACAACCGGAGGAAUAUCUGGUUUGCGGAGUUCUGGGAGAACAAUUUCAACUGCAAGCUCAGCCGCCAUGCCUUGAAGAAGGGAUCCGGCGUUAAGAAAUGCACAAAUCAAGAGAGGAUCGGAAAAGACUCGUCCUACGAGCAAGAAGGAAAGGUGAUGUUCGUGAUUGAUGCAGUGUACGCAAUGGCGCACGCCCUCCACAACAUGCACAAAGACCUGUGCCUUGGCAAGGUGGGACUCUGUUCCAAAAUGGACCCAGUUGAUGGAACCCUGCUGCUAAAGUACAUCCGCAAUGUCAAGAUAGCAGGCAUUGCCGGCAGUCCGGUGCAGUUCAAUGAGAAUGGAGAUGCCCCAGGCCGUUACGAUAUCUACCAGUACCAGAUAAAGAACAAAACAGCUGAAUACAAGACCAUCGGCCACUGGACUGACCAACUUUACCUAAAUAUGCGGGCGAUGCAGUGGCCAGGUGGAGGGAAGCAGGUGCCGACUUCCAUCUGCAGUCAGCCCUGCAAACCCGGGUGGCGCAAGAAGAUCGUUAAGGGCAUUUCCUGCUGCUGGCACUGCGAGCGCUGCGAUGGUUACCAGUAUCAGCACGACCUCUACUCCUGCAAGAUGUGCCGCUUUGAUUUAAGACCUAACAAGAAUCACACAGGCUGCCAGCCCAUUCCGAUUGUGAAGCUGGAGUGGAGCUCACCCUGGGCAGUCAUACCAGUCCUGAUCGCUAUUCUCGGCAUCAUAGCCACUCUUUUUGUUGUGGUCACUUUCAUUCGCUACAAUGACACGCCGAUUGUUAAGGCAUCCGGACGGGAGCUGAGCUACGUCCUGCUUACAGGAAUCUUUCUGUGUUAUGCCACCACCUUCCUGAUGAUCUCGACCCCAGAUAUAGGGAUCUGUUCACUCAGGCGAAUUUUCCUGGGGCUCGGAAUGAGCAUCAGCUAUGCGGCGCUGCUCACCAAAACCAAUCGGAUUUAUCGGAUUUUCGAGCAGGGAAAAAUGACAGUGAGCGCGCCACGCUUUAUCAGUCCGGCUUCGCAGUUGGUAAUUACCUUCAGCUUGAUUUCCGUUCAGCUCCUAGGGGUGUGCAUCUGGUUCGCAGUGGACCCUUCCCAAGCUCUCAUUGACUACGAGGAUCAGCGCACGGCAGAUCCCGAGAUGGCUUGCGGAGUCCUAAAGUGCGACAUAUCAGACUUGUCGCUCAUCUGCCUCCUGGGAUACAGCAUGCUGCUGAUGGUGACGUGCACGGUGUACGCCAUCAAGACGCGAGGGGUGCCCGAGACCUUCAACGAGGCCAAGCCCAUCGGCUUCACCAUGUACACCACCUGCAUCAUCUGGCUCGCUUUCAUCCCCAUUUUCUUCGGGACGUCGCAGUCGACGGAAAAGCUGUACAUACAAACGACCACGCUGACCAUCUCGGUGAGUCUGAGCGCGUCUGUGUCUCUGGGGAUGCUCUACAUGCCAAAGGUCUAUGUGGUGCUCUUCCACCCGGAACAGAAUGUGGCCAAACGCAGCACUCGCAGCCUGAAAGCUGUGGUCACUGCCGCCACCAUGUCUAACAAGUUCAACCCCAAGGCCAGCCUGCGGCCCAACGGAGAAGCCAAGUCGGAGCUGUGCGAGAACCUGGAAACUCAGGGACUCAGCCCUAAACAAACGUACAUCAGCUACAGCAACCACGCAAUCUAGAAGUGAGAUAGCGGAUGGUUGGAAGACCCCCACAGACAUGUUUCCAUUAAUGAAGCUUAUGUGAAGUCACACAGGGAGCAUCUGGGGAGGCCGAGACUGUUGAGACGGUGUGUCGGAAUGACGGUCUGUCACCCAGACUAUUCCAUUACAGCUUGCUCUAUCUAUUCCAGAUGUCAUUGUUAAAGUGAUUCACACUAAUUAAGGACAACAUGUCAGUGUCUGCUGUUUCAUUGACGCUAACACUAUGUGGUGGCUU